AUGGAGAAAUCUCAUAGAAGAUCCGAAGCUUCAAAAGAUCAUGAUUUUUAUUUAUUUUUGCGAUUGAUUGUUGAUUCAGCGAUAUGGAUCAUUCGUCAAUACGGUAGCACCAUAGGACAAAAUGCAGCGAGUAUAUGUGCAUCUCCAGCAUUCAUAUGUUCAAGUGGUCAAUUGAUUAAUGUUAAGAUAAGUAAAGAAACCACUACUUUUACUUCAACUGGAUUAGUUCCAGAUUCAUCAUUGACUAGUCUAACGCUGCCAGAGUGUACUCAAUUCGAUAUCCUCCCGAUCAGUCUUUACAGAGGUGACCCUAAUCAAUCGAUAUUGACCAGAUUAACCAAUGUCCCAAAGGUUGCAUCUCUAAACAUGGAAGAUGAUGUAAUUUCAAAUAUUCCAAUUGGGUUCCUCAAACCCUUUACUCAAUUGAUGAGCAUGGUAUUAAGCUUUGGUAAUGUUACAUCGAUACAAGAAGCUUCAUUUGAAGUGACCUCUACAACACCACAAAAUGCUUAUUUGACCUUUAUUGCUUUGAAAAGCUACCCAUGGUUCAGCAAUAGCUCUGCAUCGUUGGUAUGGAGAACAUUGAACCUGUUGAGUAUGAACAUUAAUUCAAGUGCAGCUGACGCACCCAUUUCUCUCACCUUCUCUCCAACUGUUUUCCCAAAAUUGCAAUUGCUGCAACUUACCAACCUAGAAGCCCCGACUAUCACAGUUACUGCAAGUUUCCUAAAUAUACUUCUUUUAGCAAAGUAUACCAAUGGCUUUGCAUUGACUGUUCCAAAUCCUGGUAAAGUAGCUUUUUUGAGAAUGGAUGGUAAAACAACAGUCUCACCUCCAUUGGAGCAAUUUGUAAAUUUAACAGGUUUGACCGCUGCUUUUUUCGAUUCCAAUAUCUACCCUUUUACAACAUUCCCUCCAAAAUUGGCAAAAUUUUCCAAACUAAACUCGGUUAUGACUACACUUCCAACAUCACCACCUCCACCUGCAUCAUUUAAAGAGUGGAUAUAUCAAUCGAUAAUAGGACCUGUAGUAAUUCCAUGGGAGGCAUUGACACCUGAUAAUACAUCAAGAUUACUUGAUAUUAGUAAUAAUCCAUCACUUGGUGGAUCAGUUCCAGAUAGUUUCUGUAUCAACAGGAUCAACAUUAUCAAUACUAAUAUCGGUAGUAUUCCAAAUUGUUAUUGGUGUUAUUAUAAUGAUGUAUCUGUUAUUAGAACAGAUUUACCAUUGCCCGCUGGAUUUACAUGUCAACCAACAAUCGAUCAAACUACAGUUUACACAAAGGGGUUCAAAACUAAUAUAACUGGUAAUUUACUCGGUUAUGGUAUUAAUCAAACAAGUUAUACUCUAACUCCUGUAGUUCCACAUAAAAUUUUAACAUUAUUUUAUCCAACAAAUGGUCAAGAACAAAUAUUAUCAUUUAAAUUAAAUGAGAAUCAAGGUUAUACUGUAACCCUUAGCGUUCUAGAAGUUGGAAUUAUUUUAACAUCGGUCACUGCUGACCAACAACCAAACCAAAAGGUAUUGUUCACUUGGUCAUUUUUAUUCUACAAUAAUAAUCUUCAACACCAAUUCAUUGCAUCUGGACGUAAUUGUGCAAUAGUCAGAACCCAAUACAACUCUGUCACUGGAAGCUCAUCAGUCACUUGUGAAUUGGAUAUCAAUCAGUUAAAUACUGCAACUUAUACUUUUAUGGUAUCAAAUGCUCAUAAUCAAGAAACAUUCAUUGUUCCUUUUAAAUAUUAUCCUAGAUUGUUUUCAGGACAAGUUGAUUCAAACAAUCAAAGUUUGAUUUACUUGUUUGGUGAUUUUAGACAAAAUCAUUCUUUGGUAAAUAUUACAAUCAACAGUAAAAUACAAUGUAGUGUUGUAUCAUCGACUGUGGAUUCAAUCAAUUGUACAUUAUCAGAGAGUGCUGGUUAUGGUCUUGCUAGUGUCAGUAUAGGAGUUGAUGGGUAUCCAUUUGAAGCAAAAGACUUUUUAUAUUUUACAGCUCCAAAUAAUAAUAAUAAUGGUUCAACAACUACCACAACAACAGGUGGAGGCUCAACAACACCUCAAUCACAAUGCCAAUCAUCGACAUCAAAUUGUUAUGGACAUGGAUCAUGUGAUGUAAAGGGUCAUUGUCAAUGUGACAGUGGUUAUAAUCCACUUGAUAAUUGUUUGACUAAGUUUACCAACACAACACCUACUACCAAUUCAACAGCACCAACAUCAUCAUUUGAAAUUGAUGGAACUAAAUUUGAUUUUGAAUUGGUUGCUAUUCAAGAAAUUGAUAAUGAUGGUAAUGUAGUUGCAGAGUUGAUGACAAACAGUUGGAAUGCAACAAUCAACAGUGACAGCUCAACAACUCUAGUAAACUAUCAACUUGUCAAUAUUAGUAAUGUAUUGUACAUUGACACUAUAGUUGAAGCAAUGAUAUCAUUCUCAUCACAAGCAAGAGAUAUCCAAUUUGGAGAUCAACUGCUCCACAUCAACCCAAACUCAAUCAAAUUAGCAUUGAAUAUCACCAAUUGGCAAUACAGCAAUCUAAUAUCAACACUUCGAGUUGUAUUUAGAACCGAUGUCAAUAUGAAUCAAACGAUUGAAUAUGACUGCAAACAACAAUCGAUAUCGACAUUUUCAUAUGAUCAACUAUCAUCAACCAUUCAAUAUCUUAGAGUAAUCAAAGAUAACGUCCAAUACAAUGGUCGAUUCAUUGAUUAUGUAUUAUCAGAUGGUAGACCAACAUUCUCUAAAACAACAUUAAUCAAUCAAACAACCAGUCAACAGUCAUCAACAACAAUGUCAACAUUGAUUGGAGUAUCACUACCUCAAUGUCAAUCAUGUCUUCUUGACCCUGAUUUCACACCACUUUUCAUCGACAACUCUCAAAGUGAAUGUGAUUCAACCAACAGUAAAACAUGGAAGAUUAUUGUUGGUGUUGUUGUUGGUGGAAGUGUCUUGCUAGCAGCCAUAGUUGGAUGUGCUAUCUAUCUCAAAAAUUCAAAUUUCAAAUACUCUAAACCUAUCAUAUUUAUGAAAGCACUUAAAAACAAGAGUACAACAAUCACCACAGCCCAGGGUAUCCCUGCCUCUGAAUUAAACUCUGCAAUAUGGAUCAUUCGACAAUACGGUAGCACCAUUGUACAAGAAGAAGCGAUCAUAUGUGCAUCUCCAGCAUUCAUAUGUUCAGGUGGUCAUAUCGUUAAUGUUUUAGUGAAUGCCGCAACCACUACAUAUUCUGCAUCUGGAGGGACGGGAAUGCCUGACCCACUCUUGACGGUCAUUGAUUUACCGCAAUGCACUAGAUUCGACGUUCAACAAACCAUCCCUUAUAUCGCUGAUCGUAAGCAAUCCCUUCUCGAUAAAUUAACUGGCCUUCCAAACCUUGCUACUUCAUCAAUAUAUGAACAAUCAAUUCCAAAUAUUCCAGUUGGUUACCUUAGAUACUUUCCUAAAAUGACAUCUAUGACUUUGAUCCUUCCAAACGUGACUGCAUUCCACGAGAGUUCAUUUGAAAUAACAAGUCCUUCAAUCGCUUCAAUGACUCUCCAACUUUCCAAUUUAAAAAAUUUUCCAUCGUUUACCAACAGUUCUACAUCGUUGGUUUGGAGUUCAUUAAAGACCUUUGUGUGGGGCAUUAACCCUUCAUUUGCCGUUGCCCCCAUUUCAUUGGAUAUGCCACCAACCGUUUUCGCACAAUUGCAAACCCUUCAAAUUGAUAUGAUCACCGCCGGAUUAGUUACCAUCGCUGUCAGUUGUAAAACAAUGAAUUUUAAUGGACUUGCAACUAAUCGAUAUAAUCUUACUGUUCAAAGACCAGAGGUUGUUGAAACACUAAUAUUGAGUGGUAUUUCUACAGUUUCACCUCCGUUACACCUUUUUACAAAUUUAUUGACUCUGACCACCAAUUAUCCAAAUACCAUCACUUACCCUUUUUCAAUAUUUCCUCCAAAAUUACAAAAAAUUACCAAAUUCGAUGACUUUAUGACGACACUUCCAACUACUCCAUUACCAACCUCUAAUUUUAAAUGGUGGCAAUAUCGUUCCUUGACAGAACUGACUAUCAUUCCAUGGGAGGGAUUGGCACCAGACAAUACAACAAGAUUACUCGAUAUAAACUACAACAAUAAGGUUGCUGGUUCAGUUCCAGAUAGUUUUUGUGUCAACAAACUCUGGAUAACAUCAACUAAUAUAUCUAGUGUUCCAAAUUGUUUCUGGUGUUAUAGGCAAGAUACAACUAUAUUCCAAACAAGUUUGUCACUGCCUACUGGAUUUACAUGUACACCUACUAUUGACCAAACAAUCGUUUAUACAAAGAAAUAUAGGGGAAUUUUAACAGGUAACCUUCUAGGCUGGGGGAAUGGUAUCGAUAGUCCUGCUCUUAUUCCUAUCAUUCCACACAAAAUGUUUGAAUUGUAUUAUCCUACAAAUGGGUUUAUAACCAAUACAACUAUUCAAUUGAACUCCAAGGCUCCUUAUUUGGUCAAUGUCAAUGUUUUAGAGGUUGGAAUUACAGUGUCGACUGCCAAUGUCACUCAACUAUUAAAUCAAAAGGUUCAAUUUAUUUGGUUGUUUUAUUAUUACAAUAGCCAGCUUGUUCACCAAUUCCAAUCGGUAUCUGGGUUGUUGAAUAGUACUUGUGUUAUUGUUGCUUCACAAUACACCCCCAUUGAAUUGAUUCAAGCAACUAUUACUUGUCAAAUGGAUUUCAAUCCAUCUAUACAUUCUGGUUCAUCUUUUGGAUUUGAAAUAUCAAAUGAUCACAACAAAGAAUUUUACUCUAUUCCUUUUACAUACUAUCCAAGAUUAUUAUCAGGACAAGUUGAUUCGAAUAAUCAAAGCUUGAUUUAUUUAUUUGGUGAUUUCAGACAAAACCAUUCUUUGGCAAAUAUUACAAUCAACGAUAAAAUACAAUGUAGUGUUUUAUCAUCGACCGUGGAUUCAAUUAAUUGUACAUUAUCAGAGAAUGCUAAUUAUGGUCCUGCAAGUGUUAGAAUCUUGGUAGAUGGGUAUCCAUUUGAAGCAAAAGACUUUUUAUAUUUUAAAAAUAAUAACAAUAAUGGUUCAACAACUACUGGUUCAACAACUACAACUACUGGAACAACAACAAGUGGAGGUGGACCAACACCUCAAUCACAAUGUCAAGUAUCGACAUCAAAUUGUUAUGGACAUGGAUCAUGUGAUGUAAACGGCCAUUGUCAAUGUGACAGUGGUUAUAAUCCACUUGAUAAUUGUUUGACUAAAUUUACCAAUUCAACACCUACUACCAAUUCAACAGCACCAACAUCAUCAUUUGAAAUUGAUGGAACUAAAUUUGAUUUUGAAUUGGUUGCUAUUCAGGAAUUGGAUACUGAUGGUAUGGUCAUUGCAGAGUUGAUGACAAACAGUUGGAAUACAACAAUCAACAGUGACAGCUCAACAACUCUAGUAAACUAUCAACUUGUCAAUAUUAGUAAUGUAUUGUACAUUGAUACGAUAGUUGAAGCAAUGAUAUCAUUCUCAUCACAAGCAAGAGAUAUCCAAUUUGGAGAUCAACUGCUCCACAUCAACCCAAACUCAAUCAAAUUAUCAUUGAAUAUCACCAACUGGCAAUACAGCAAUCUAAUAUCAACACUUCGAGUUGUAUUUAGGACUGAUGUCAAUAUGAAUCAAACGAUUGAAUAUGACUGCAAACAACAAUCGAUAUCAACAUUUUCAUAUGAUCAACUAUCAUCAACCAUUCAAUAUCUUAGAGUAAUCAAAGAUAACGUCCAAUACAAUGGUCGAUUCAUUGAUUAUGUAUUAUCAGAUGGCAGACCAACAUUCUCUAAAACAACAUUAAUCAACCAAACAACCAGUCAACAGUCAUCAACAACAAUGUCAACAUUGAUUGGAGUAUCACUACCUCAAUGUCAAUCAUGUCUUCUUGACCCUGAUUUCACACCACUUUUAAUCGAUAAAUCCGAAAGUGAUUGUGGUUCCAGCAGCAGUAAUAGUACAACAUGGAAGAUUAUUGUUGGUGUUGUUGUUGGUGGAUUCGCAGCCAUUGCCAUUGCUCUUGGUACUGUAAUGCUCAUUAAAAAGAAUAGAAUCAUCUCUCGUCAAAACAAAAAAAUGCAAAACAAAUUAAAGAAUAUGGAUAUGUAA